UUUCUCUCUCCCUCAUUGUCACACAAGCACAGCUCUCUCAAACCUCUACUCAUGGACUCACUCAUGGUCAGAGACAGGAAGAGCACUUGUCCCGGAGAGACUGUGGGAUCUACACUUGUAUUUUUCCCAAAAGGCAGCAGAUGAAUUCCACCUAGAGCUAAAUGGAAGCCUAACACAGAACCACAGACAACUGUCGUGAGGCUAUCUUUGUCAGUGCGAUGGAUGAGGCCCACAGUUCACAGGUCAAGUUAAGGCUGAACAAGGCUCCAGCUCAGCCUACAUCCAUCACCACGCCCCGAGGAGAGUGGUCGAGCAAACUUGAGUUCCUCUUGGCUGUUGCAGGACAAAUCAUUGGCCUGGGAAAUGUUUGGAGAUUUCCUUACCUGUGCUACAAAAAUGGCGGAGGUGUGUUCUUCAUCCCGUAUAUACUCUUUUUUAUUACCUGUGGCAUCCCCCUGUUUCUGCUGGAGACCUCUCUUGGCCAGUACACCAAACAGGGGGGUAUUACCUGCUGGAAGAAAAUCUGUCCCCUGUUUGAAGGGAUAGGUUAUGGCAGUCAUAUAGUUGUUUUGUACUCUAGCAUUUAUUACAUCAUCAUCCUGGCCUGGGCCUUCCUGUAUCUGUUCUCCUCCUUUAACUCUGAGCUGCCUUGGGCGAGUUGCAGAAACAGUUGGAACACAGCGACGUGUGUGGAGUUCGAUAGAAAAGUUGAUUCUUACAACUGGACUGUGCCAGAAAAUGCAACGUCACCUGUGAGAGAGUUUUGGGAGAGAAGAGUUUUGAAUCUCUCCGGAAGCAUCAAUGAAUUGGGCAGCAUACGAUGGGAGUUAGCUCUGUGCCUUCUGUUGUCCUGGAUCAUCUGUUACUUCUGUGUCUGGAAGGGAGUGAAGUCCACGGGGAAGGUGGUUUACUUCACUGCUACGUUUCCAUAUUUGAUGAUGAUAGCGUUGCUUAUUCGUGGAGUCACGUUGCCUGGGGCCAUAGACGGGAUCAAAUACUACCUUUACCCAGAUCCAUCCCGCCUCACUGAUCCACAGGUGUGGAUGGAUGCUGGCACGCAGAUAUUUUAUUCUUAUGCUAUUUGCAUCGGAUGUCUAAUUGCACUUGGCAGUUAUAAUAAGUACGACAAUAACUGCUACAAGGACUGUGUAUAUUUGUGCCUUCUGAACAGUGGGACCAGUUUUGUUGCAGGCUUUGCCAUCUUCUCUGCACUUGGAUUCAUGGCAUAUGAGCAAAACACACACAUAUCACUAGUGGCAGAGUCAGGUCCUGGCCUAGCGUUCAUUGCCUAUCCUCGAGCAGUCGCCAUGAUGCCUUUUCCUCAGCUCUGGUCGUUAUUUUUUUUCAUAAUGGUCAUCCUCCUGGGUCUGGACAGUGAGUUCGUAGGUCUGGAAGCUCUCGUGACAGGAAUUUCCGACAUAAAUCCGGCCUUCUUCCACGUUGGUCACCGACGCAAACUUCUGCUGCUUGCUAUCAGUGUUGUCAGUUUCUUAAUUGGCCUUGUGAUGGUGACAGAUGGUGGACUGUACAUCUUUCAGUUGUUUGACUACUAUGCCUGCAGUGGGAUGACUCUGCUCCUCUUUGCCAUAUUGCAGUCUGUCAGUGUUGGAUGGGUGUAUGGUGCAGACCGUUUUUUUGGAAACAUUGAGGACAUGAUUGGAUACAAGCCUCUGCCUCUGAUUAAGUACUGUUUGAAAUAUGUCACUCCAGUUGUCUGCAUUGGAACAUUUAUUUUCUCUUUAAUCAAACACACUCCUUUGAAGUUCAACAACACCAUCGAGUAUCCAUGGUGGGGUUAUGCUCUUGGCUGGUGGUUCACUCUCUCCUCUACACUCAUGGUUCCCAUCUGGAUGGUGUACAAUCUGAGCAUAACUCCUGGUACACUACGACAGAGGAUCUCCAUCUUGUGUACUCCAGCUGACGACCUUCCUCUGGCCAUCUCAGAGAAAAAAGCUCUGGAACUGCUCGACCUGAGUUCCCCUCCUGACAGCAUGAUGUCCUAGUGAGAAGAGACAAACUGGAGCAGCUUCACUCAACACUUUGAGAUAUAAGGGAAGGUUCCUCCUCUUUUUUCCCGAUGAGAUCUUUACAUCUAUUAAUUUAGCAGAGAAGGCUGCAGACAAAAGUGCUGUCUACUUCCUGAAGGAGCCACCAGGACGUCCCAAUGUUAUGUUUCUGACCAGAGUACUGCCACUGUUCAGACAGGCAGGAAACGUAUGACAUCACAAGUUUGUAUUCUUGUUAAUCAUUGUUACAUUAUUCUUAUUCUUAUAUUAGUAAGAUGGUCAGAAACAGAUAUCAGUGGUGGCAAAGGCCAAAAGACACACCCACUCCAAGUAUCACCCACAAUAAGACACGCCCCCUACAAGUAACGGCCACCAAAAGGCACGCCCACUCUAUGAUAUAAUUGGAUGUUAACCCAAUCACUAAUUAGUGGGUGUUGCUGCUGUAUGUCAACGCUACAACACGCAAGCUGUGUAUGAAAUACUGCGCCAGGCAAUAUAUGUAGACAGGGGAGCUGUGGUGUGUUUGGAUAAAAACAUUUUUUACAUUUACAUCAUUUUUUUUUUCAAAAUUUAUAUAUAUGAUAAAUGUGAAGUACAACAAGGUCACUAACAUGAACUGAAUUGGUUUUGUGGUGGAAAACAAUUCAUUGUCAUCAGGAACUGUAAACUCAGGUGUCAAGGAUGGAUUUGAGCAAAAUCAAAUAGCGAGACCCUGGCUAUAUCCUCUUUUCAUUUUUCUAUAGCAGUGGAACGAUAUUUUAUAUUAUAGAGACAAAUCAAUAUAUAAGAUAAGAUUUGCUGAGUUAGGUGAAAUUCUGAUGUUACAGCAGGUUAAGAUAUUUACCUUUCAUGGUUACGGUAGAAAAAGAAUGGAAUAUAAGUAUAAUAGAUUCUUUAGUGUAAUUCAAUCAUUAGUAGCUUAUGAAUAGAGUAAAAUAAUAAAAUAUUACUGUUCUGUUAGUGUUAUAAAUAUAAUAAUAUAUUAAAUGGUAGAGUACUAUUAGUGACUAAUGUAUGUAAUGCAGUCUAGUCUUCUGUGAGUUACAUGGAACCCAUAUUGGCGUAGGGUCCAGCCGCCAAUGCAGUGUCUACAUAUACUGUAUAUUCCUGUAGUAAGGGUUCUUUUGGAUGAUUCAGAAAAGUAGCAAACAUUCCCCCUGUGUCGCAGUCUGGAGGCAGACCCUUUGUGAUCAAAGCAGCGAGGUUAGCUGCUGUGAUGGUACCUCAUUAAAAAAGCUCCUACUGUCACUGAAGAAAGGAACUCAAAUUCUGGGCCGUCAGCAAAGGAAGUUGCUCCCUGUGAAAUUUGAGAAAUGGAAAAUCAACAGGCUUAGAGUUGACAUGUACUGUAGGGCUCACCCACCCAAGCACAGCCUGAGACCGUGGAUCAUAUUUACUUCUGGUGCCUUAACAUAACAGUAUCCACAAGUUGGCAGUGAAUGUCAGCCAGCUAGCAUUAAUAUAGCCUUGUGUAGCCAGAACCUUUCUUCAUACACAGAUACAGAUCAAACAUAAUACAAGACAGAUGAUUGCACACUUCACUUUUUAGCUGUUGAUUUACUGCAUAUAUUUUAAUCUUGGCUCAUUCCAAAACUUUACUCACUAAUUCAUAUUUUUUUAAAGUGUCACCAACAUUUUGCAAACGUCAUAUUGUUUAAACAUUAAUGGCAAACGUUGAUCCUUAAACUCUUUUUUUUUUAUUUCCUACACUGAACAUGGUUGAUAACGAGUGGCGUCGUGAUGAUGGAAGGAACCAAAUGCAAUAGAGAAACUCAGUGUUGGCGCUAACAGUCAGAACCACAGAGAGAUUAUAUUUUUUAACAAGAGUUAAACAGAUUGUAUUUUUACCUUAGUUUUAAGCUUGCUUAAUUCUACUUUUUAUACAGAAUACUCAUUUAUGAAUUUUACAAGUUAAUGUUUGUAUAAUUUUUAUAAUAUACAGCAUGUCAUUGUUGAAAUAUGUGCCAAUAGUUCGUUGUGUCACACAAAGAUGCUCUAAUGUGACAUGUUUCCCAUUUAAGGAUCAAUCAAUAUAAUUUUUGAAUGAAGAGCGUCUUGAUUAAAAAAUAUACCCCUUGCA